AGAGUGAAUGAUACACUGUGAACGAUAUAAUGGCCCCGAAAAAAGGCGAAGAACCACCAAAGCGGCCAUUAAUUGGUCGAAUGGGAACAAAUUUGAAAAUGGGCAUUGUUGGAUUGCCGAAUGUUGGGAAAUCGACGUUUUUCAACGUAUUGACGAAGAGUCAAGCUGCUGCUGAAAAUUUCCCGUUUUGUACCAUUGAUCCGAACGAAAGCAGAGUUCCUGUGCCUGACGCCCGAUACGAUUACUUGUGUGAUUAUUUCAAACCUGCGAGUAAGGUGCCAGCGUUUCUGAAUGUUGUCGAUAUUGCCGGUCUUGUCAAAGGAGCGUCUGAAGGUCAGGGUCUCGGGAACGCUUUCCUAUCGCACAUUAAAGCUUGUGAUGCUUUAUUCUACAUGGCGAGAGCCUUUGAGGACGACGAUGUUACCCACGUGGAAGGAGACGUGAAUCCUGUGCGAGACAUGGACAUCAUCAUGGAAGAGCUGCGGAAAAAAGAUGAGGAUUUUCUCCAGAAGGAUAUUGAAAAGUUAGAGAAAACCGUCUUGAGGGGCGACAAGAAGCUGAAAGAUGAAUAUGAUAUUCUUAUGAAAUUCAAAGAAUGCCUCAUCGACGAAAAGAAGCAUUUGAGAUUCAAAGACUGGAACGAAAAGGAUAUCGAGGUGCUCAAUCGUUUUUUGUUCAUCACGUCAAAGCCCAUCGUCUAUCUAGUAAACUUGUCAGAGAAGGACUACAUACGGAAGAAAAACAAGUGGUUGGUGAAAAUCAAGGAAUGGAUUGACGCUCACGAUCCUGGAUCAGUCAUCAUUCCCUUUUCCGCCGCAUUUGAGCUGAAGAUACAGGACAUGCCUGAAGAUGAAAAAGCCGUAUUCUUGAAAGAAGCUGGUGUUCCUUCUUCGUUAGAGAAAAUCAUUGUUCAAGGUUACAAGGCCCUGCAGUUGCAAUAUUUCUUCACCUCGGGUGAAGACGAAGUCAAGGCGUGGACAAUUUUGAAGGGUACUCCUGCGCCGAAAGCAGCUGGAAGAAUUCACACGGAUUUCGAGAAAGGCUUCAUCAUGGCCGAAGUGAUGAAGUUCGAUGAUUUCAAGGAAGAAGGAAGUGAAAACGCAGCGAAAGCCGCCGGAAAGUACAGACAGCAAGGCAAAAAUUAUGUUGUUGAAGAUGGGGACAUAAUCUUCUUCAAAUUCAACGCCGGAGCUGGUUUGCAAGCAAAGAAGAAGUGAAUUUGUCAGUGCAUUGCAAUUCGUAACAUCCAAAAAACUGACUUGUGUGUGCAAAAUAUUCAGAAAACUGCCAGCUGCCCAUGCUAAUAACUCAGUUGUGCGAAAAAGGCUGCGGUCCUUCUCAUAAAUGGGGACGACGCUGGAAUCUCA